GUAUUUCGUAUCUUUAUCUCAGACCUUCGUACACAAUCUGCUGCCUGCUUCAAUAAGAGUAACCAAGUAACCAAGUGAGCAACUAACGUAACAGUUACGUAGCAAGAUGUCGUUGCGUCCACUGGUCGAAGGCGACUGCGGCGCCGUGAAUCCUCUGAUGCAACUUGGCGGCCAGUUCAGCCGAGAUGUGGCCCACAAGGACGAGGGAUUUGCACAGGCGCAAUUCGAGCGAAGUCUGAGGCCAGAUGAGCAGCUGGUUGCCGAUUAUCUGGGUCAUGUGGCAGCGCCACCGCAAUCCUUUCAAAUGAACACGCUGCUCCAAGAGAUGCGGGACAUCAACAUCAAUGGAACAGCACCACAACGGGGACAACAGGAGCAGCUGGCGGGUCAGUGGAGCAGGGACUUUGUGCAGCAACAGUUGCCCAACAAAAUGUUGCAUCUGCAGCCGCAACAACAACAAAUGCAACAUGCACAGGAGUUCUUUGAUGAACCUUUGAUUAGCAGUCAGAAUUUUAUGCCACCCAUGAUGAUGAGGAGUCCCUAUAUGGCCAUAACAGCUGCUCCAGCACAGCAGCAGCAGCAGCAGGAUGACUUCUUUGACGAGCAAAUGGAAACGAUUAGAACCGAUGAACUGCCUCAGUUAGUCAACGCCAGGACAUCGGUGGAGGAUUGGAUCAGCGACUAUCAGCGGGAGAAGGAGCACAGCGAACAAACCGCCACGAAUUUCAAUGAAAAGUUCUGGCAGCGUUUGCAGGAUGAAUGGCAGAAGCUGGCCGAGGAGAAUGAGCAUCCCUGGCUCUCGGAAUACAAUGAGAAUCUGGAUGCCUACAAGGAGUAUGAGUUUGCCGAACAGAAUCCCAUGUCGGAGCUGGACAAUGCCUUUGAGAAGGGCAAGGAAUAUCUAUCCAAAGGUGAUAUACCCAGUGCGGUGCUCUGCUUUGAGGUGGCUGCCAAAAAGGAGCCGGAACGUGCAGAGAUCUGGCAAUUGCUGGGCAUCUCCCAGGCGGAGAAUGAAAUGGAUCCACAGGGAAUUGCCGCACUCAAGCGUGCGCUGGAUCUGCAGCCGGAGAAUCGUCAGGUGUUGAUGGCUUUGGCCGUUUGUUAUACCAACGAGAGUCUGCAGAGCAAUGCGGUAAAGAUGUUGUCCAACUGGCUGGAGGUGCAUCCACAGUACAAGCAUCUGUUGUCCGCCUAUCCGCAGCUGCAAUCCGAGGGAGCCACCUCCUCCUCCUCCAUGGCCUCCUCCCUAAUAGGUGCCAAUAAGCUGCGUGAAUUGCAGCAGGUUUAUCUGGAGGCAGUGCGCCUGCAACCGGCUCAGGUGGAUUCUGAUCUUCAGGAGGCACUCGGCGUGCUCUAUAAUCUAUCCGGCGAGUAUGACAAGGCUGUGGAUUGCUAUCGCAGCGCUGUCCAGGUGGAUCCACAGAAUGCCAAGCUCUGGAAUCGUCUGGGCGCCAGUUUGGCCAACGGCUCGCGCUCCGUGGAGGCUGUGGAGGCCUAUCAACAGGCUCUGCAGCUCCAGCCGGGAUUCAUACGGGUGCGCUAUAAUGUUGGAGUCUGCUGCAUGAACUUGAAGGCGUACAAGGAGGGAGCGGAGCAUCUGCUCACCGCUCUCACCAUGCAGGCUCACACGAAUGCCGCUCGAGAGUUGCCCAGUGCCCAAGCGAUGGGUCAGAACCAGAUGUCCGAGUCCAUUUGGAGCACCCUGAAGAUGGUCAUCUCUCUAAUGGGUCGCAGCGAUUUACAGGGACAUGUCAGCGAUCGCAAUCUGCAGGCACUCAACGAGGCUUUCAAGGAUUAGAAUUGGCAUUGGGAUUCAGCUACAGCUUUGUUUGCUCUUCAACUAAAUUCUGUAAAUAACUUCGUUUGCAUUUCCGUCAAAUUUGUCAAUUGUUAAAUUUCGUUAUAUUUGUAUUUGUCAUUCUCUAGGCGCUUAAGAACUCAAAUUAAACUGUUAAUAUUCUACCAAAA